UGCCAGGGCAUUUCAAGUGUUGGCGCAUCCUGGCAAACUUUAGUAAUCGAAAAACUUGCUUAGGUAAACGCUAAAAUUAAAUAUCCAUAUAUAGAAAAAAUAAGGAACUUAUUAAUUAAUUUAAUAAAAUUAUAAAAGUAUUUACUUUAACAAUAUUAGUAGAGUCCUGCAAUAUUAAAUUAGUCUCUAGAAUAUUCUCAAGACCUACAUUAACCCUUAGCAUCCUUAGCUAUUCUUUGUCCUUCCAUUGAUGUAUUUGCCUUAAUCAUUAAAGCUUAAUGAACUUUAUCGAACUUAAGCACCUAGAAGUACCCUCAAUCUCUAUGCCUUACUCCUCCUCCUUCUCUUUCCAUUAACAUCCUAAUUUCAUUCGAUUCUUUUCUACUCAGUGCGCGAGUCAUCAACCUGAUUAUCGUAUCUACUAGUUUUUUUUUCAAAAUCAAGUGAAUUGUUAAAACUGGAGUUUAAACACACAACAAUACAAUCAAUCUCUGGCAGAAAAUUUUUAUUGAAGCAAUGUCGAAUAAGCUCAGCUCUCGUAAACGAUGGGACGUUCGUGCUUCCGAUAUUGCAAGAAGGACUUAUAAUCCUAUUAGGUCGAUCGUUGAAAACAUAGUAGUUGAACCAAAUCCGAAUAAAAAACUCAUCUCACUUUCUAUUGGGGAUCCGACAACCUUUGGAAAUUUAAAACCAGCAAAAGAAGUCAUCGAAGCUGUACAAGAAAGCGUCGCUUCACUGGAAUAUAAUGGAUAUGCUCCAAGUACUGGAUAUCAAAAAGCUCGAGAAGCGGUAGCUGAGUAUUGCUCUGACAGUAAUUUCCAAGUUGAUGCAAAGGACGUAAUACUCUGCAGUGGAUGUUCCUGUGCUUUGGAUCUCAGUAUAACAGUACUUGCACGAGAAGGCCAAAACAUUUUGAUUCCACGGCCAGGAUUUGCAAUAUAUCGCACACUUGCUGAAGGCCUUGGUGUGUCUGUCAGAGCGUAUAACCUUCUACCCGACGUCGGUUGGGAAGUUGAUCUCGACGAUCUUGCAUCGCAAAUUGAUGAACAGACAGCAGCAAUUAUUAUAAAUAAUCCAUCAAAUCCCUGUGGAUCAGUGUACAGUCGUAGUCAUCUAUUAGAUAUUCUUGAUGUUGCUGCGAAAUAUCAUGUUCCAAUUAUUGCUGAUGAAAUUUAUGAACAUAUGGUAUUUCCCGGACGUACUUUCUAUUCGUUACCCUCUUUGUCCACUCACGUUCCAAUUUUAGUGUGCAGUGGAUUGGGGAAAAGAUUCCUUGUGCCUGGCUGGCGAAUGGGUUGGAUUGUAAUUCAUGACCGACAAAAUAUAUUCAACAAAGAGAUUCGUGCAGGUUUACAAAGCUUAAGCCAAAGGAUUAUUGGAAGUAGUACAAUUAUUCAGGGUGCAUUACCAGCAAUUCUAAAAAAUACACCACAAAAAUUCUUCGAUAACAUCAUUAAAACUCUCUAUCAUCACGCACAAAUAUCAUACAACUUUAUUAAAGAUAUUCCCGGAUUGAAACCAAUUAUGCCUGAUGGUGCUAUGUACAUGAUGGUACACAUUGACAUGGACUCGUUUCCCGAGUUUAACACAGAAAUCGAUUUUGUGGAGCGUCUUCUGAUGGAGGAGUCUGUGUUCUGUCUCCCAGGAGGGUGUUUCGAUUUACCUUCUUACAUGAGACUGGUUAUAACUGUUCCCGUUGAAAUGCAGAAAGAAGCUUUUGAAAGAAUUCGAGACUUUUGUUUUCGACAUCAUAGCAAGACUCAAAAUUUACAUAAAAAUUCCAUCGAAGGUGUAGAAAUACCUUAUUGAUAUUUUGUGAUAAAAAAAUCUAAUCUACAUUUUAAAGCAAAUUUUUUAUCAUUGUUAUAAAUC